GUGUUUCAGGUGUAUGAAUCAGGAUCAUUAGUAGGGGUUCAUCCUGAGACCACUCAGUAAGCAUUCCUGAGAGCAUCAGAGGAGAAGGCAGCUGUGCUGACGAUGGCUGCGGAGUUGGACUUCUCCCCACCCGAGAUCCCUGAGCCCACGUUCAUGGAGAACGUGCUGCGCUACGGACUCUUCUUUGGAGCCAUCUUCCAGCUGAUCUGUGUGCUUGCCAUCAUCCUGCCUGUCUCCAAGUCCCCAAAGGCAGACUCAGACAGCUUUGAGCCUAAGAAUUCAGAGACAGCGAAGAAACCGAAGGCAACUGCUCCACAGACAAGCAAAAAGCCCAAGAAGGAGACCAAAAAGAAACGAUAAAGACGUGAGCAAUGCGCCUCAAAGACAAAAUAAUCACCUACAAUCAUGCUUCCUUGGAGAUGACAUCAAAGGCAACUGACUAUCUAGAUGGUUUUCUGGCAUUGUCAUGCUUUACCUUUCGUGGACAAAGGACAAGGAACUUGUCAGAGUGGAAGGGGUGAGGUUCUGCCAUGGGUUUCUUAUAAGCAAAGAGGACUUUGCAUGUCCAGGACAUCCACUGACAUCAUUAAUGUGUUGGUCACCACUGAAGUGGCUUCCAUCAUCUCUUGAUGGGUGUAGAGGGCUUUUGUCCUGGCCCCUCCACACUGGCUAGGAUGUGUAGUGAAGUCCCAGGGGAAGGUGGAGCAUGGGUUUGCUGCUUUGGAUUCUGGUUUGUGUUGUAUUUUUUGAAGGCAGAGGGAUCAAAUGGAUCAAGGAGACCACACUACACAGCUUUGUAUUCAUCUCUGUUGUCAUCUACUCUGAAAUACAUAGCUGCAUUUUAUGGCUUCAUAAUCAUGUCUUUGUCAUGUUCUUUAGUUCUGUAGGUAAUAACUCAGCAGCUCCCAGACUGCUCUAGAUGAAAGUUUCCAUUUCCCCAGCGUCACUACCUCUUCCUUAUUCCCCACCCAUGCACUUUCCCUUUCUGUUCCCAUCCUUGAGAGCAGGAUUUCAGGGAGCAAUUUGAUUCUGGAAGGUGUAGACUUCAUUGCCAGUGCUAAUGGGGGUUCUUGGAAGCUUGGGAAGACCUUGUACUGCCUGUUGGAUGAAAGCUGCUCUGAGGCAGGAGUCUGAGAGAGCUGCACUGGUCAUGUACCAGACAGCACUGCCUGUCCUGUCCAUGCACCCCCCUGUCAGCCAGCCAAGCCCAGCCAUGUGCUCCAUUUCAACACAGCUGGGUGGCUGCAUUUGCAAACUCCCUCCCAGCCUGACCUGCUACAGUCUGCUGUGUCUCCUCUUCCUGGAGUUAAAUAUGAUCCCAGCCUGAGGGAUGUGGCUUUUUGAGAUCCAAGGGGUGGCAGGCUGGCUGUGUAGCAUGAGUGUGUGGCAAGAGACAAAGACACUGGCUCUCCAAGCCCAGGGACAAGCUAGUAUUAGAUUUAAAUAUGGCUAGACAGGACUGGGAAGAGAUAGGUGGUGACAUAGCCACAGAGAGCUCGAGCUUCCUGAUGCCAGCUCACAUCUUGGUUUGUUUGAUCAGGAGUGAGUCAGUGGGAGGAGAACCUGCUCUUGGAGGCGCACCCAGGGUUCAGAGCAGCUUUGAAGGAUGGGGUUCUCUCUGGCAGGGCUGCAAGUCUCCCAUCCUUUUUGCAUGUAUAGACUCCUGCACUCAAUUCACAAGUGCCUCCCAAGCCCAGAUGCUGCAGAUGUGUUGUGCUGUGUGUUCUCUGACAGGAGGUGAGCAGCACAUUGGUGAACCAUUGAUACUGAGGACAGCCACAUUAUCUGCUUGCUCCUGCUUCUGGUGGCUGAGACAGAUGGAUGCUGGUACUGGUUUGAUUCUAACCUCUCACUGCUUCCCUGCUCCAGGCUGAUUGCUUCUCUUAACCAGAAUGAUGACACCAAGUUGUGCAGCUUAAAACCCACCUCGAAGUUCUGCUUCAAAUUCAGCAUUUCCUUUUUCUUUUUCACUGAGCUACACAAAGGCAGUACAAGGAGGACAGAACAAAGCAUGGGAGACACAAGCAAUCUAAAGUAGCUUUGAGUUCUCAGUACAAAGAAACAUUGGAAACAUUUCCCACGUGAAUAACAAAGAGCAACUCUGUGCUGUGUUUCCAUGACAGAGCUGUGUCCCUGUUUGUGAUCUGCAGGGGAAAGCAAAGCCUUGCCUCUGCCCUGGCUAGGUGCUGCAGAUCACUGCUGCCAUUUUCAUGUGAGGAUGGUGGUGGCUGUGUCUGACAACUCUGGCCUUCUGCAGGUUGCCUAAAGGGUGGGUUUAAUGCUUUAAUGGAAUUGAGAGAUUAGCACACAAAUUACCCAGAAUACAGAAGCCUUUCUCCAGCCAAGAGCCAGCUGGUGAUGAGCAGUGUGUGGCUGUUACCUGAAACAGUAAGCUGCUACAUCAAUGUCUGCAUCUGGCUGUUUGCAGGCUGGCAUUGCUAAGCAGAAAUCAUGGAUAUUGGGCUUUGGUUUUGUUGAAGGGAAGAGGGAUUAAGAUAAAUUUCCCAGGCUUUAGGCCUAUUUGCUCUUGUUAGCUGAACUCACAGUAUGGUCUUAGAGGCUGCCAUUAUCUCAUGUGUUUUAAUUGCUUUUGAAAUGUGUCAUAAAUACA